UUUGCCAACGUUCACCCUAAGCUGAUGACUGUGGGCUCUUAACUUUUGGAGUUCAGAGUUGGCAGAUUUUUGGGAAUCACGCCACGCUUGCAGCCUGGAUUCCAUGUGAGAAGCGAUGUAAAAAGGUCCACCAGUCAUCUGUAGAUGCAGCAGCUUCACUCCUAGUAACAGCACUCAACGAAGGCCGAGAUGUAAUAAUGGAUGGCACUUUAGCUUGGGAGCCAUUUGUGGAGCAAACCAUUGCUAUGGCUAGGGCUGUUCAUCGCCAUCGAUACAGAAUGGGGAUUGGAUACAAGGAAGAAGAAGAUGGAUCAGUAACUGAGAAUUACUGGGAGCAAAUUGAAGAUGAUGAAAAUGCAAGUGAAGAGUUAAGAAUGAGGAAGCCCUACAGGAUUGAGCUAGUUGGUGUUGUGUGUGAUGCUUAUCUUGCAGUUGUUAGAGGAAUCAGGAGAGCGAUAAUUAUGGGCCGAGCAGUGAGGGUGAAGUCCCAGCUGAAAUCCCACAAGAGAUUCGCCACUGCCUUCCCCAAAUAUUGCAAGCUAGUCGACAAUGCACGACUCUAUUGCACCACCUCAAUGGGAGCUCCCAAGUUGAUAGCAUGGAAAGACGGCGAUAACAACUUGCUGGUUGAUCCUGAUGAGAUUGAAUGCUUGCAGAAGUUGAAGGCGCUGAAUGAGGAUGCACAGUCUAUUUUCGAUCUCUACCCGAACUCUGACACUAAAUGUGGAUCGUAUUCAUUCUGGGACGCUGCAGUUAUGUGCCGGUCGAGAGCUGCAAUACAACAGGAUCUCAAAAUGGUUUUAGGGAAAAUUGAGAAUCAAGUUGUGUCAUCAACCUGAGUAAAUUUUCAUGAGAAGAAUAUGUGCAUUGUUAUGUGCCUGUAUUUGUAUCUGAACUUUGACGAAGUUAUUAUUUUGGCUUA